AUGCGGAUCCACAACAUUCCCAGAAAGCAGUUGUUCUAUGCGGAUGAGUUUUACAAAGGUGACCCAUGUCCAGUGCAUAUGAAACAACUUGGGCCGGAGUGCACUGUUGUUAUGCAAUAUGAAGAUGGCAGGACCCAGUCAGUCACAUAUGAAUGGGACGGGCCCGGGGCAUCUGAAAUGAAGCACUUUUGGACUGGGACAUCAACCUUCAGACUGAAGCCGAUGCCAAGCAGAACUCUGAUGACUCAUGCAGACCGCAAGAGCAUGCGACACUCUGUACGACAAGCAGUGCAUGUGUUUGAAGUUGAGCAUCAGAUCCUGCAGAAUGGCACUACCUCAACCUCACCUUUGACUUCCUUGCGUAUGAGGCCACGCAUCGACCUGCUUGAGACUUUUGCUGGUCAAGCCGGAAUUUCAAGACGUGCAGCGCGUUUCGGCUUGAAGUCUAUGGAGCCCAUUGACUACAACACCGGAUAUGACCUUGAAAGACCUCAACACCAACGACAUGUAGACCAUCUGAUCGACAGCUACAAGCCUUUGUUCCUUCUCCAAGGCCUAGAAUGCAAAGACUGGUGUCUUCUGCAAGACAACGUGAACUACGUGCGGCGGAAGAUCAUCCUUUUGAUGAGAAGGGCAAGAGCACGAAAGUUGCUGCGAAAAGUGGUGGACUGGUGUUGCAAGCAGGCAGAAGCUGGCCGCUAUUUCCUUUUGGAGAACCCAGUGACAAGCCGGUUGUGGCUUGAACCUCUGAUUUUACGACUUCUUCGACUACCAGGUGUCUACGCUGUGGUGUGCCACUCAGGUGCCUAUGGGGCAACAAACUCCAAAGGCGACAUGAUCAAGAAAGGCUUCAAGUUCUUGUGCAACUGUCCAUUGGUCUUAGACCGACUGACCCGGAAGCUUGAUCCACAUCAACUUCGACAGUGCGUGCCUUUGGAGGGGAAGGAGACAACUUUGUCACAACACUACCCCGACAACAUGAUCCGUGAGAUCUUGAUUGGCAUCAAGCAGACAGCAACACAGCAUGACCCUGAACGUUUUUUUGGACAUCAACACAAAUCCAACUUCCAGGUGAUGGCCGUCACAACUGAGCCUUCAGAUUGGGCCCCAGUGUUUGAGUCAGCCAGGAAGACCUUCGACACAAUACGUCAGAAGACCCACCUUCUGGCUACAUCAGACCCUGCCUGGAAGACCAUUCAACAACUUGUUCAAUGGCAUCAACUUGACAGAGUGCAGAUGGCAGCUCAACCAACUUUACUGCGAAUGCCUGUGCAUAUACCACAUACCCACCGUGGAUGGGCACUUCUCUACAACGACAACACUGUUGAGAUUGUGGAAGAGGACCUGGCAGAAGUGAGACAUCCAAGAGCCAAGUUCAGAAAGCCAGUCAACAUUGGCAUCUUUUUCUUUGGCCAUGCGCAACCACCUGUCCAGCAACCUCCAUCAUCACAACCUUCUUCAGUGCAAAUGCCUUUAGAACCACGAGAAGAUGACCCACAGGUGAUAGUUGCUUCCAAUGUGCAAGGCAUCACUUUUCCAAAGAUGCCUGGACUUCCACGAGAUGUCAAGACUGCACUGGCCAGGCUUCAUAGAAACCUUGGUCACCCACAUGCCAACGAGUUGAAGAAGAUGAUUGCCAUGAAUGGCAUCAAGGACCAAAAGAUCUACGACGCCAUUGAAGGACUCCACUGUGACUCUUGCGUGCGAGUCAAAGGGCCUGGUCGUCCCGAACCUUCUGGAGUUCCACAUGAUGUGAACUGGCAAUUUGGUGACAUUCUGCAAAUUGACAUCUUCUACACCAGAGAUAUCAGAGCAGCAAACUAUAUCUUUUUGGGCAUCAUUGACGAGUGCACUCACCUCCACAUGGCACUACGACUCAACGAUCGCAGCCCUGAAGAAAUCAAAGCCGAUCCUGAUGGGAGCUUCCGAGGCUCAUUUGAGUCUUCCAUGGAUGAAGCUGGCGUCUACAUGGACUACAUCCCAGCUGAAGCUCACCAUCGCAUUGGGCUCAUCGAGAGGCACAACGCGACCUUGCGUGAGCUGAUGGAACGCACCAUAGACUCACGAGCUGUUGUUGGAGACUAUGACAUGGAGCAAGCAGCAGUUGCAGCAUGCUUUGCAAAGAACUCCACAACAUGGUCGUCGGGCAGACCUCCUUUCAUAGCAGCUUUUGGAAGAAUCCCACGAAUGGGGAUGAACCUUCUUUCUGACAAGCAUGGCUUGGUUGCUGGGAGGACCCGUGAACAAGCUCAACGUGAAGCUGACUAUCUCAGAGUUGAAGCUCAACAACAUUUGGCCGCAAUGAGCGUUGACAGCAGUCUGAGGAGAGCACUGCUGCGAAAAUCAACUACAACUGGACCUCAAGAAUUACCAGUGGGAUCCAUAGCAGCCUACUGGAGAUGGACCAUGUGCUCCGGCAAGAAGCGCGGAGGUUUCAAGUUGGCCAGAGUGUUGGGUAGAGACCCUGAUGGAAAAUCUAUUUGGUUGCAAGCCGGCACGAACACCAUCAAGGCCGCCGAGCACCAGAUCAGAGCAGCUGUCGGCAUUGAGCAAUGGUGCCCUAGCCCUGAAGAUGUGAAAAGCCUCCGAUCUGCAGUUGACAACAUGCAACAUGGCAUCCUUACAGAUGAGACCUUGCCUGAACAUGCAGAUCAACAACUACCUGGCUUUGACGAAGUUCAACCCGCAGUGCAGGUUCCACCACCACUCCAUGAGGAACCUGAGAUGUUUGAAGAAGCUGGUGCUCACCUGAUACCAGUUCCUUCAACGCCAAGACCUGCUGCAUCAACACCUCACCUUCCUGACUUGCAAGCUGAGGAAGCAGUGCAGACAGAUCCAUACCCAGAGACCAACAUCCAUAUGAAUGUGAGCUCACCAACAUACCGACAGACCAUCAUCCAGAACCAGACCUUCGGCAUGAAUGAGCAACAACAGGCACAGCCAUCUGUGAAUGUGCCAGUGCGGAAGCCUCACAGAGCAAGAUCCAAGACUCCAGUCCGACGGACUUUGCAAGAUCAACUUGGUGAACGGCCUCGAGCCGCAAGACAACUUCCACUGACAGAUGGACCUGUUUCAGAGCGACAACAUGGACCUCCUUCAGUGCAACAGCCUUUAGGACCUUUUCCAGUGCAAUCGCAUGAACCUGAUUCAGUGCCACAGUCAGUAGGUAAACCUUUUUUAGCACAACCUAAUGCAAGAUCAACUGGAGAUGAAACACCACCUCUACGAGGGCUUCCAACAUCAACACCCACCGAUGUGAUUGAAGUUUUGGAUGAUGAUGAUGAAAACGUGGCUGCGCAACCUUCCACAGCACAGCCCUCUUCUUCUCAUGCCUUGGCACCAGACACCCAGGGCAUUGCAGCAGAUGUUGCAAACCAGGCGCCGUCAACACCAGAAGCUCUGAAGUUGACACCAGCGAAACGCACCUUUGGCGAAACAGAGGAGCAUUUUGGAGUUUCACUUUUACGACCAGUUCAACAUGAACAGUCAAAGAAUUCAUUUUCCACAGUGGACCACUGCUACAAUUUUGACAUCAACGACGUUGAUGGCCUCCAUUUGAUGAGCGAUGGUUUUGAUGGAUCACCAGAUGUCUACAUGCCCUAUGCCAACCGCACCUUCAUGAAUGCCUACCGCAAGGACAAAGACUAUGUUGGCAAUGGCGACAGUGAUGACUCAGAUGCGGAUGUAGAUGACUACCGCGGUGAGACGGGCAACAUUCCACCAACACUGACCCGUCAGGAAAAGAAAGCAUUGGACAAGGAGAUCCCAUGGCAGACCAUCAUGAACAUGGAGGAGGAAACAAUCAAAGCUUAUGUGGACGCUGCAGUAGCUGAGGAGACUUCAUGGAACACCUUCAACUCAGUGAAGCCAGUGCCCAUUGAGAAAGCCAGAGCGAUUUUGAGAGACAAGAUUGCAAGAAAGAGAGUGCUGCGAUCACGAGCAGCUUUCCGCGACAAGUCCCGCGGGAUUGGCCCCUUGAAAGCCAAAUGCCGCAUCGUUGCGGUUGGAUGCACAGAUCCAGACCUAUGGAUUUUGCAGAGAGAAUCAGCAACUCCGACCAGACAGUCAGAGUUCCUUGUCUAUGCCAUUUUCAUUGCCGGCAAGAAUGGGAAGUUUUUGGGAUGCGCAUUGGCGAGAUGGACUUUGUGGGCAGGCGAUGUCAAAACGGCCUUCCUUCAAGGUGAACCCGAAGAAAGAGCACAGCCCCUUUACCUUCUGCCUCCUAGCGAUGGAAUAUGCCAACGAGCUGGCAUCUUCAAAUCAUCCAUGCUGUAUGAGGUGACUGGAAAUGUGUAUGGGUUAGCCAAUGCACCGAGAACGUGGCAGCUACACGUCAUCAAGCUGCUGACCAAGGCUGGCUAUGUGCAAAGCUCCAUGGAUAAGAUGCUGUUUUUCUACCACCAGAAGUUUGAGAACGAGGCUCAACCUGUCCUAUGUGCACUUGCUAUAGUAUAUGUAGAUGACUUCCUUCUUUGCCACGACACCCGAUAUGAUCGUCAACAUCUGUUGGGCCUGUUUAAGUGGGGAAGCCAAAACGAAUUGAGCCCUGAAAACAGCCUGGACUUCAAGGGCAAAAGGAUCUCCCUGGAGUAUGACGCCAAAUCCAGUGAGUAUAUCCUCAAGCUCGACCAGGAGAAGUUCAUCUCAGACAUGAAAGGUGGAAAAGUUUCCAGGAAACGCUUCAAGGAAACCCUGGACAAGAAAGACCUUGGAGAAUUCCGAAGUGUGUCUGGAUGUUUGCAGUGGCUUGCAGGUCAAACCAGACCUGAUGUUGCAGCAGUUGUGAGCCUUUGCAGUAAGGGAGAGAAGUCCACCUACGAGGACCUUCACAACAUGUACUGCGCUGUUCAGCACCUGCACCAGACCAAAACAAAAGGACUUGUACUGCGACCAGUACCCAUCAACUACAGCACGAUGCUGGUGACCUUUGCAGAUUCAUCAUGGGCGAACUCUGUAAAUCAUUCCUCUCAACAUGGUUGCAUUACGAUGCUGGCAGACCCUAAGGUGACAGAUGUCAUUGGAGCUGGUUUAAUUUUGGAUUGGAAAUCUUCGCGAUCCACGCGAGUGUGCCGAAGUACUUUGGCGGCAGAGGCAUCUGCAUGCGACAUGUCCGUGGACCGAUCUUCACUCCUGAACUAUCAGCUGAGCGAAUUGCUUCUGAACCGGCCUGCGUUUCACAUAGCAUCCAGUGAACUUUUGAGAAUGAUUCAGGUAACUGAUUGUAGGUCAUUGUAUGAUGUGCUGGUUAGCGAAAAUCCUCGAACGGAGGACAAAAGAACGAUCGUAACAAUACGAUCGGCACAACAGUUUCUCAGUCGCCAGAAUGUUUUUUGGGUUCCAACGGCCCUUAUGUUUGCAGAUGGACUCACAAAAGUGAGCAUGCAAUUGAUGCUGGACUUCUUCGAAUGGCUCCAGCGGCCGUGGAUCCAGCUCCAUGAAGGCAAAGGGAAUUGGCCACUUGACCCAAGCAUUUUGCCUGCAAAAAGGCCGCGCCCUUUGCAUCGUUUGCACUUGAUUGCAUUCCGACCUGCAGCCAGCUUUGUCGAGGUCACAGCGUGGUGCCUCACUGGCAUGAGUGGCUGGUGGAGCGUGAACAUUAUCACAGCGGAGCAGCCGACCUUUGUGGCGGAGCUACCGGCGGGUAAAAGGAUGGGAAAUCUGAUUGCUGUUUGCACUCAGGUUGGAAAUAUUGCGCCAAUCAUUUACAAAGCGGCCACCAGAAGACGGCCUGGCAACCUUGUGGUGGCCAUUGGUUGCUUUCAGGUGGUAGCAGUUCUGUCACUGCUUGCUACUAUGGUGCUGUGGCAUUCCACACCCAUUCUGCUGGUUUGUACUGUGCUGGCUGGCAGUGUAGGUUGCAUGAGCAGCGUCACAUACUGGGCAGCUGUUGCCCAGCGACCUGCAAGCUGCGUGCGGGCCAUGAGCGUUGGCAUGACUUUGGGUGGACUCUUAGCUACCGCUUUCGCGGCCCUGCAACUUGGAGGUCGAAAGCAAGGAAAUCCCAGAUUUUCUGCAGAGAUUUUCUUCCUCCUUGCUGCUGUGAUGCAGGCUGGCCAAGGAGCAAUGUUCGUGUGGCGAAGCAUUCAUUCCGCUCACCACGACACCCCAGUGGCUGCCAGCACGGCUGCAGGAGGUGAUGCAGAGGCGACAGCUUCGACAGCUUGUGCCACUGAGAAAGGUCCUAUGCCACGGAUAGCCAAAUUCCUGAUGGCUGGCUGCUUCGUGGUUUAUGCCACCACCUACACCAUGCCCACGUUGAUGCCCUUUAUGGCGGGUCACUACACAGACCCGACAGAGAGCCAACAGCUCUUGCUAUGCAUGCAGGUCCUGCAAAAUGCAGGAGAUGUUUCUGGGCGCUUGGCUACGGUGCUGGUGCGUGAGAACCGGCUGGUUCUGAUCAUUUGGAUGCUGUUGCUGGUGGUCUCAUUCCUAGCUUCGGUGCUGUCGUCAGUGCAAGACGUUUCUACACUGCUUUCGUAUGACUUGGCAAUUCUCACUUUGCCAUUGAUUUGCGGUUUCUUCUACUUCUCGCGAGGUUUGCUGGUGACCACAUUUUACCUCUACGCGCGAAACAUGGGCCAGAAAGAAAUGGUGCAAGAGAUCACUGAGAACAUGGGCUUCUGCGGUCAAAUGGGGGCCUUGAUGGCGAACUUUGCAGCCUUCGUGGCGAUUUUCACAUGA